AUGGAUCUUUUAGGAGGGUAUAAUUCCGAUGACUCGAACAGUGACAGUGAUAACACCAAUCCUCCGUUGAGCAGUCAGCCGAAACCAAAUGCAACACAGCCUACACUCAAAGUGAAUCCUAAUAGUGUCAAAAAGACUUCAGAGGGCUCAAAGUCAACAUCCUCUUCCAGUCGCAAAGGCAAAAGAUUGCUCAAGCUACAAGCUGUUCUACCUGAAAACAUUUGGAAUCAGUUAAGCAACGGAAAUCUGCAAAAGGAUAGUGACGAUGAAGAAAGUGAUGAGGAAGGAGGAAAGCGAACUGUGACAUCAAGAAAACGGAUAAAGCCUUCAGGAAACAACAAUGCUUCUCAGAAUCCAGGGGAUAAGUCUGAUUUGACUAAUCUUUUGCAGGCCUUACCAAAGUCGAAAGCAGCUGCUGGAAUUGGCGGAGGCAGUGGCAAGUCUUUCCUUCAAGAUCCAGGAGACAUUUCAAACACAACGACGACGAUUGGUUCCGCAAACGCGUCCUCGUCGACUACGGAUAAUGCAAAACCAUCACCAGCACCCCUCGGAGCUGCAUUUCUCUCAACAACGGUGGAGACGAUUCGAAAGAAGAAGAGUGGCCCUAGUACUGCCCGCGAUAUUCACGGUCAAAGCUCAUCAGUAGCCGUCGAAACUGUGCACGAUGACAAAGAUGACACGGCUGAAGACAACGAGAAUGCUCCCAGAAAUGCUGCUUCAGCUGCCCCGAGAAAGCCUUCUUCAUCGUUGCACGCUGCAGUUCGAUCCUCAAGUUCCGUUCCGAGGCCCGGAAUGUCAUCAGUUUCCUCAUCUAGCCGCAGAGCCAGAAUGGCGGCCCCAACAGUUUCUGCUGCUCGAUAUCAGCAGCAACAGCCACAACCUUCUUACCCUGUUCCUUCCGGCAUGGCGCAGUAUGCACCCACUGCCGCAUAUCCAGUAGCAACCCCUUCACCUGCCCUACCUUCGCAAGGCCGACCAGGAGCGUCGAAAUCAAGAAAACGUGAAAUGGAACGCAUGCUGCGACAAGGAAAUCUUGCGGGCGUCACCUCUGACGUACAUUUGGAAGGGCAAGCCCACGUCUAUCAACAACCUCAAGAAGCCCAACAGCAGUCUUAUCAAUCCCAUGGUGUACGUGUUGUGCCAACAGCGCAGUACAAUACAGGCGCUGGUGGCAUGGUCACGGCAGCCAACAUUACGGGCAAGCAACGGGGCAAGAAUCAAAUGAAUGCCCUCUUGUCAAGUGCAGCUUCUUUGGAAGCCCAACGAGCACGAAAUCCAUUGCCCCAACAAAAGGUACAACGGGCCAAUGCCAAACGAAAAUAUGGUUGGUAA